AUGAAACUUUGGCAAUUUCUAUUGUUUUUCUUAUUUUCUGUUGAGGUACGAGAACAUUUUGGUUUUCUAAUAAAAAAUUCAAAAUUAAAUUAAAAAAUUAUUAUCCAGAUAACAAAUGCUGCUGAUUAUGAACUUUAUGAUUAUGAUUGGUUAACACAAAAAGCUGAAGUUGUAACAACUCCUGCUGCACUUACAAAAGCGCCAGAUGACGAUGAUGUGUGAGUUUUCUUGUGUUCCAAAAAAUGAUGAACAAACAAAGUUUCUAGAGAUGAAUUUGUCAUUCUUUUUCCAGUAAACGCAAAAAAAUAAAUAGGUUUUUCAAAUGCACUUACAACUCGAUUUGUUCUUCUAAAAUGUUAAGAGCCCAAAAUAAAUUCCAGAAAAAUGGAUGCAUUUGGAAAGUGUUCUGAAAUACUUUUAUAAGUUGUUAGUUUUUCACAUUUUUUACAUCUCAAAAAAAUUUCAUUGCAAAAUGGCGGAUAUAUUAUUUUUCUUGAAGUUAGAUUUUUAUGAAAUUUCGUAUUCACGCUUCACAAACUUUGAGUACAUUUUUGUUUUUUCAAAUAUAACACACAACACUAAAAAAAAUUCUCUAAAUUUUUAGAAUCGUUGAUCAACUGGACAAUCGGAAAGCUGUGAACAAUGAAAUCAUUGGGGGGUUCUCUAACCAGAAAAGUUUCUCGUGUCCGCACGCAAAACCAACAUUACAUACGGUAGAUGAAUUGUUUUUUGUAUUCAGUACAAUGUUAAAAUCAAUGUUGCUUUCAGGGUGAAACAGUUGGACAAUUAUCUCCUGAAGAUAUCACAAUAGUUGCAGCAAUGGGAGAUUCUUUAGCUUCUGGUCGAGGUCUUUGGGCAUUCACAGAUGUUGAAUUCAGAGGUGCUGCUUUCCCAAUUGGUGGAGAUGCCAAUAUGGACGGACUUGUCACAAUUCCAAGUGGGUUUCAUUUAAAAAUUUCACUUUUUAAGAGAAAAAAAUAUAAUAAUAAUAUUCCAGAUAUUUUGAGUCAGUUCACAAGCAAAAUCGAUGGUGUAUCACAUGGUAUGGGAUCUGCUGAUGUUCUUCCUGAUUAUCAAUUCAAUGUUGCACAAAUUGGCGCAGAAACUGAAGAUUUACCUCAACAAGCUGUUGAAUUGGCUCGGAGAAUGAAACGAUAUAUUGGAAAUGAAUUGAAAAAUCGAUGGGUUUUGACUUUUAUUGUUACCGGGUCCGAAGAGGUCUGUAACUUUGGUUUUCCGUGAUAGCAAAUUUUGUUGUUAUUUCAAAAAUUUUUAGUUCUGUGAAAAGUGCGAAGCUCCAAGCAAAACCUCAAUUCGAAAGGCUUUAGGGGUUUUGAAGAAAGCGGCUCCUCGAAACUUGGUUGUUUUAUUAGGACCAGUUCAUGUUGCCUCAACUUAUCGGCAGAAUAUAAAUCUGAUGAGGUAUGAGCCACCAUUUUUACACUCAAUGUCAAUAUGUUUUCCAGACCACGAUGCAAAUGUCUUGAACAAAUGACUGGAAAAGAUUACCGGAAAUUGUUCGACCUCUGGAAAAAAUCGUUCAUCACAGUCGAGGUGACAUCAUUUUCAAAUAAACAAUCCAAUAUUUCUUUUGAUUUUUCAGAAUGAGUUUAAUGGAAUGAAUUAUACAACAUUUGGCGUGUUGGCAAUUCCAUCUUUAGCAAUUCAUUCAAGAAAUCCACAAUCACUUUUAGUUCCAAAAAAACCAUUGUUGAAUAGAAAAGGACAUUCCUAUGCAGCAAAAUGGCUGUGGAAUCGAUUAAUUGCUGGCCCAAAUUAUAAUAUUUCAAAUAUUGCACUUUCCGAGGAUGCUUAUUAUUGCCCUUCUGUGGUAUUUUUCAAUGAUAACAGUUAGGAAAAAAAAACAAAAAUAAUCAAUUUCUAGGGCUGCCCAUAUUUUCGAACUGUACAAAAUUUCCAUCAAUGUUCUGUUAUCACUGAAUCUGAUUGGGCGGCACAAUAUGCAACAACACCAGUACCUUUAGAAGGAACAAAACACCGGAAACAAGUGAUGGAUCGAAAUUUGGGUGGUUUCAUUGCCAUAAUUUUAUUUUUAGCAAUAUGUUCUGUUAGGUCAGUCGUUUGCACAAAAUCUUGCCUAACCAAAAAUAUGUAGAUUAUUACAGUGUGUUUGGAACGUUUUUUUAUUGCCAUGGAAUGCGUGCAACUAAAGGAAGAUUUGAUUAUGGUAAACAGAAACCAGUCGAAGAAGAAUUGUGA